AUUCCAAACUUCCAAACUUUGUAAUUGCAGCAGCACCAAAUCUUCCUCCUGCCCGGUAAUAUUUACGUCUAAACAUUACAACUCCUUUUCUUUGCUUCAAUCCAACAUCUCAAUCAAAUUAAACAGGAACGCCUGAAAGGCUCUCCGCCUUCAUACAAAUCCAGAAUCUCGUCACUUCACUUGGUUGUUUGUUCCUAUUGAUGUAUUGUUUUAGGAUCUCCAUUGAGUUCUACCUGGGCAGUGUUGGGACCUCCAUUGAUUCCCCUGAAUGGAGUCGAAAGCUAAUGACCCGUCAACUCAACCUCCUGCUAAAGAUUCUGGGGUUGAAAAUGCUACUGCUGCCUCUGGUCAAGAUAAUAAUAGCACUCAAUAUGCAAAAGCGGUAUCUGGGGUUUUUCUUUCAUUUACAAAGGGUUUGUUUAACACAUCUCAGAGCGCAGUGAAGGCUGUGCAGGUCAAGGCGCGCCAUUUGGUCUCUCAAAACAAACGAAGAUACCAGGAGGGGGGUUUUGAUUUGGAUCUGACAUACAUUACUGAGAAUAUAAUUGCAAUGGGUUUCCCAGCUGGAGAUAUAAGCUCAGGUCUAUUUGGAUAUGUUGAGGGUUUUUACCGAAACCACAUGGAAGAAGUCAUCAGAUUUCUUGAGACUACUCACAAGGGAAAAUAUAAAGUGUACAAUCUUUGUUCAGAGAGAUUGUAUGAUGCAUCGCGAUUUGAGGGGAAGGCUGCAAGUUUCCCGUUUGAUGAUCAUAAUUGCCCCCCAAUCGAACUCAUAGAAUCUUUCUGUCGAAGUGCUCAUUCAUGGUUAAAGGAGGGCAUUGAAAAUGUUGUGGUCGUCCAUUGUAAAGCUGGUAUGGCAAGGACAGGAGUAAUGAUUUGUAGCCUUCUCUUACUUCUUAAGUUCUUCCCUACGGCUGCGGAGGCCAUGAAUUACUAUAACCAUAAAAGAUGUAUAGAUGGAAAGGCUUUGGUUCUCCCUAGUCAGAUUAGAUAUGUCAAAUACUUUGAGCAUAUCUUAAAACACUUCAAUGGAGAAACUCCUCCACCUCGAAGGUGCAUGCUCAGGGGAUUUCGGCUUCACAAUUGCCCUUAUUGGAUUAGGCCCUCCAUUACAAUCUCGGAUCAUAAAGGAAUUUUGUUCUCAUCAAGAAAGCAUCCAAAAACAAAAGAUCUUAUGCCAGAAGAUUUCUGGAUCAGUGCACGGAAGAAAGGGAUUGUGGUUUUCGCUCUACCAGGGGAACCUGGUCUUGCUGAGUUAGUGGGGGAUUUCAAAAUCCAUUUCCUAGAUAGCCAUGGAGAUUUCUAUUGCUGGUUAAAUACAAUGACAGAAAACAGAAAAAUCUUAACCGCAGAUGACCUCGAUGAUUUUGACAAGAGAAAAUUCCCUUGUCCAGGAUUUCAGGUUGAAGUUGUGAUGAUAGACUAUGAUGGUACUGCUUUGCCUACAAAAGAUAAAGCAGAUUCUUCCGGUAGAAAACCUGAGGGUAGCUCAAGUGACGCCAAUGCUUCAAGUCGUGGUGUUGCAGGAAACCCCAACCAAAGUAAAAUCUUUCAGCGUGAAGAUGGUGACGAUGUAUUUUCAGAUAGUGAUGGAGAUGAGCCUGGGGAUAAAACGAGCAGGCAACCGGAAGCUAAUUCUAGAGCUGGAAUUGCUGCAUCCAAUCAUCCAUCUAACACCAGAAGUGUGGAUAGCCCGCGGAGAACUUCCAGAAAACCGACUAGUGAUGGAGCUGAAAAAUCUCACCUGGGCCACUCCCGCAAGUUGAGCUCAUCGGGGGCAGAUGAUAUAAGGGCGAUAGCCGCGGAUGCUUCAGUUUUCUCUUUCGGGGAUGACGAUUUUGAUAGUGAAUGAAGCAGUUUGACCAUUUUACUUGACAUUGUACAAGAAAUACCACUGUAUUGUGUAUUUACAAUUCCAAACAAUAGAUAGCAGAGCUCGGAAGGAUCAUAGGAAUCAGAUGUUGGUUGAUUGUUUCCUUCAUUGUUUUCAACAGAGGUAUCAGAUGCUAAUUGAAAAGGGGCGUUAAUCUCGCCAUUUUUGCAA